GAGUUGACCGAGAAGAAAUGGCUCCAACAAAGACGCAAAUUGCUGUGGCGUGGUCCAAAAUCCAAACUGUAUAUAUACAGGUAAAACCGUGUUAAGGGGUGUGAUAGUAUCGGUGUCGCUCACUGGAGGUCCCAGCAAUUGGCCAUGGUUCCACCUCCCCCACGCCUUCUCCUUCUGCUACACCUGGCCCUCGUCGCCAUGCACUGCUCCGGUCUUGAAAACCGGUAUAGUUCUAGGAACUAUCGACGAAAAAGGAAUGAAUGGCUUGGCGCACGUGUUGCUUACGACGACGUCCAGGAUGGCGGAGGCGAGACCACCCUGCGGCCAUCGGUGAUCUCGUGCUCAACGGCCGGCAACUACACCGACGGCAGCCAGUACCACGUGAACCUCUACAACCUCCUGUCGGCCAUCCCCAGGGCCGCUGCCAAGAACGGCGGCUUCUUCAACGGCACCUUCGGUGAGGGCGGCGACAAGGUCUUCGGCCUCAUCAUGUGCUAUGCCGGCAAAUACGACCACGACUUUAACACCGAGUGCCUGGACUGCCUCAACCGCGCACCCGAGGGGACCAUGCAGUUGUGCCAGCACAGCCGGAAAGUUCGCGCCCUCUACAACGCCUGCACUGUCCGGUACUCCGACGAGCCCUUCUUCUCCGUUGCAGACAUCACCAUAGCAUACCACGUGAAACGAACCCCUGACCAAUCUGGGAAUAUUCGAACCGUACUAGCUGGGCAAGUAGUCGACAUUGUCGGCAUGAGACGAACGAGGUUAGAGCUGAUUCGUGGGCUCACGCCAAGGGCCGCCCAAGCGACCGAGCGGACCGCCGGAGGCACAACACAGUUCAUUGACGGACAACAGAUGCAGGCGGACGUACAGUGCACAAGGGACCUGCCGGCGAGCGAGUGCAUGCGUUGCCUCUCCUACUACACCGAUCAGCUGCCACGAUUGUUUCCGAACAACAGCCGUGGCGUCAUCAAGGGUUACAGCUGCUACCUGAGUUACAUCAUCGUCGUCGACAAGCCAUAUACAAUUGAACUGGGGUCGCCUCUGUGGAAGCAGGAGCGGGAGUGGGAGUGGGAGCGGGAGCGGGAGAUGGCAUCCUCAGAGCGCAGAAAACAAAGACGAACUGUGCUUAUCAUUGCUGGGGUUGUCGCCGGCACCGUGGCGCUCGUGCUUUGUCUGGUCGGCAUGUUGGUUUGCUUCCUGUUGUACCGGCGUCAAAGACAGAAGGCCACAGCCACGAGAUCAGAGCUGGAACAACCGCUGAAAGACACUGCCUACUUCCGUGGCAAAAGCGUCGAUGAAGACGAGCUCGAGCAAGGGACUGGGCCCCGAAGAUUCAGUUACGAUGAGCUCGUCCUUGCCACCGAUGGCUUCUCCGAUGGGAAUAAGCUGGGAGAAGGAGGCUUCGGGUCAGUAUACCGAGGUUUCCUCGCCGACGUGAACCUUCACAUCGCCGUGAAGCAAGUGUCCAAGAGCUCCCGCCAGGGGUGGAAGGAGUUCGUCUCCGAGGUGAGGAUCAUCAGCCGGCUCCGGCACCGGAACCUUGUGCAGCUUCUUGGGUGGUUCCAUAGCGGAGAUGAUGACCUCCUGCUCGUAUACGAGCUGAUGCCCAACGGCAGCCUCGAUGGCCACCUCCACAAGCCAGGCCACCUGCUGCCAUGGCCGGCGAGGUACGAGGUCAUGCUCGGGCUCGGCUCCGUGUUGUUAUAUCUGCACGAGGAGACAGAGCAACGCGUGGUGCACAGGGACAUCAAGCCUAGCAAUGUGAUGCUGGACGCGUCCUUCAAUGCCAAGCUAGGCGACUUCGGGCUCGCAAGGCUCAUCGUUGGUGACGGUCGAGGCUCAUGCACGACUGGCGCGGCCGGGACGCUUGGGUACAUGGACCCGAAGUGCGUGUUUGAGGCCACGGCCAGUGUCGAGUCCGACGUGUACAGCUUCGGUGUCGUGCUGCUCGAGAUCGCCUGCGGCAGACGUCCGGCGGUCGACGAUGGUGAUGGAGCUGUCAUCCACCUGGUGCAGUGGGCCUGGAAGUCUUAUGGUGGAGGAGCCAUCCUAGAGGCGGCUGAUGCCCAGUUGGACGGGGAGUUUGAUGGGCAAGAGAUGGAGCGUGUGCUGGUGGUGGGGCUCUGGUGCAGUCACCCUGACCGCAGCAUGAGGCCAUCGAUCAGGCAUGCUGUUGGUGUGCUGCGGUUUGAGGCGCCGCUGCAUCUCCCACAGAAGAUGCCCAUCGCGACAUAUGUGCUGGCUGAGGAUUCUUUCGGUUCUGUGGGGGGCAGUAGUGAUGCUGGAACGACUCAUUCCGCAGCUCGAGUCAAAUUUGAUUAGGGGACUACUGCAUCACUGAUAUGUGCCUUUUAUGAUUAUUUCGGUAAUGGGUACGAAUAUGUACCAAGAAGAACUCUUUAUAUAUACAAUUAAACUGAAUCAAGCUCUAACAAUAUCAUUGUUGCGGGAAA